GAGGCGGGGGCGGGCCCGGGCCCGGCGGGGGCGGCGUUCAGCACCGCGAACAGCGGCCGGGUGAACGGGCUGAGCCACCCGGCCGGCGCCAUCGCCAUGAAGGACCACGACGCCAUCAAGCUCUUCGUGGGGCAGAUCCCGCGCAACCUGGAGGAGAGCGACCUCAAGCCGCUCUUCGAGGAGUUCGGGCGCAUCUACGAGCUCACCGUGCUCAAGGACCGCUUCACCGGCAUGCACAAAGGCUGUGCCUUUCUCACCUACUGCGCCCGCGACUCGGCCCUGAAGGCUCAGAGCGCCCUGCACGAGCAGAAGACGCUGCCAGGGGUAAGUGACAGCCGGGAAUCGGGGCGAGAUUUGGGGGCUGGCACCGCGUCGACCUCCCCUGCCCAUCCACGGUGCUGUGGGUGCAGUGGGUGCUGUGCUGGGCACAUGCAGCGUGCACAGGCAUCGCUUUGGCUCAGGGGAUGCUCAGCACGGGGGAGCUGUGGCCUCAGCUGUGCCUUGUGUCACCGCAUCACCGCUGUGAUGAGUUCUGAGCACUCAGCUUAAUGCCUGGGGGACGACGCCACAGUGGCCAGGAGACCGGGGAUGACACCAACUCCGUUGGUGCUGGGUGCGUGCUCAAACGCAGCCCAAUUAAACGCAGGCUCGUCACAUUUUAACAAACCCCCCUCCAUGGGGGUGGGUUUGUCCCCCCUGGGUGACGCGCCAGGGCACCGGGGCGCAGCGGGGUCCCAGCGCAGGGCGCAGGAGCCGCUCCAGCGGCCGCAAACCGAGGCAUUGAUUUUCUCCCGCCUGCGUGCCGCUGCGCUUUCUGUGGGCUCCGACCUCCCGAGCUUUAACAAAGUGAAAAUAAAUAUUUAAUUAUUCUCCUAAAUCAAAAUCGAUAGGGCAGCCGCUUGGCUGGGGAAAGCGCGAGGCCCGUAAAUACAAACCCCGACCUCGGGCGCGCGGGGAGCCCUUUUGUU